AUGGGAAGUGUAUGGGUCUGCUACUUCCCCGGCUGCACCACUCUUCCUUGUCGCCACUGCAUUUUCUCUCCAACGCACCUUCUUCAUCCCUCCACCACUCUCUCUAUCCGCGCACGUGCUUCUCAAACCACCUCCACAAGAACUAGAAUAAGGAGAAGUCGGAGAAUCAAGAGCGACGCCGAGAUCUGCAACGAUAUCCGCGAAUUUCUCGCUUCGGUUGGCCUUCCGGAUAACCACAUUCCCUCCACCAAGGAACUUCUGCUCCACGGAUGGAAUGACCUGGCAAACAUUGUCAGAAGGAGAGGGCAUAAACAUAUUCAGGAGCUUCUCACUAGCAGCUUAUUAAAAGCUGACGCUGAUUUUUUAAGUUCUGAAACUAGUGUAGAUGAGAGAUUGGACGUUCCAAAUAUUUUUGAAGAUCCUUUAACAGGUCAGAAUGAGAAGGUGGACAGUUUAGUUGACAAUGUUGAAACAUCAUCAGAGUAUCUUCUGGGAAGUAGUUCUAGUAGUUUGUAUGUUGACACAUGUUCAAGAAUAGGUGAAGCUGCUGACAUCGUGGAAGAAUCCUUGGCUAAUUUGACCAUCGAGGAUGGUCUAAGUGAAGUCAAAGAUCAUGCUGAAGUGGUAAACAAUGCGACACAGGAGAAUUUCUACUCAACUGAAGCAACCAUUGGGGAUGAUGAUUGUGAUAGUUCAAGGGAAGGUCUUUAUCCCAACUUCAGUAAGCAAAGUUCCAUCAUGCCUGCAGAAAUUUCUGGUGAAUUACCGUUUGAGAGAGUUUCUUCUGGGAAUUCUGAGUCUGAGGAUAGUUUAGUGGGCAAAACAGUUGGAGAAUUAACCUUGUCGAUGAUGGAAAACCAUUCCCACACGUCAUUUAAUGAUUCCAAUCUUGACACUGAAGAAAAAGAGUUUACUGAUUUGGAGCAAAAGGACUUGGGUGCAUUAGAAGGUCUAGAUGACAACAAUGAUGAUACUGUUGAAGAUAUUAUCACAAUAUCUGAAGUUUCCAUUGGGGAAAAUUUAUCUGGUGAUGACAGACCUGAUUCAAUUGUUCAUUCUGCUGACAGCAGUUCUACAAAUCUUGACACUUUGGCGAACUUUUCUUUGAAGGAAAAGGUUGCAAAUUUUAUUCAGAAUGGAGACUUGGAUCCAGUUGAAGGUAGCCAUCCUCCACAAGAUAAUAAUGUCAAGGCUCAUGGGAACUCAUUAACAUCCAAACAAGUUGUUCUAUCUGGAGCAUUGGAUUUGGAUAAGCCUCUUUGGGAUGAUCACUUACUUCACGAGGAUCAAACUACUCAUUUUGACAAAGAUGCAGAUACUGAGGCUUCAAAAGUGCAAAACGAAAGUGAGAUAAAUCAUCUCAAGUUCAUGCUGUAUCAGAAGGAGUUGGAACUGUCUCGGCUGAAGGAACAGAUUGAGAAGGAAAAGCUUGCUUUGUCUAUCUUGCAAACCAAGGCAGAGGCAGAAAUCAGCAAAGCCCGAAAACUUAUAUCUGAAAAAGAUGUAGAAUUACAUGUUGCUGAAGAAAGUCUUUCGGGACUCAAGGAGAAAAAUUUCCUAGCUGUCCCUGAAUAUACUAUAACUCAUGAAACUCUCUACACAUUCCUUGCCAUGUACCCAAAGGAUGCACAAGAAGCAACAGUUUUGCAGGAAGUCCAGAUUGAGUUCUGUGGUGAUGGUGACAUUGUGGAGGUGGCUGGUAGCUUCAACGGUUGGCAUCACCGAAUAAAAAUGGAUCCUCAACCAUCAACUAGUUCUGUAGACCUUGGGGGAUCAAGGAGUUCCAGAUUUUGGUCAACAAUGCUGUGGCUUUAUCCUGGUGUAUAUGAGAUAAAAUUUGUUGUUGAUGGCAAAUGGAUAUCAGAUCCUCAAAGGGAGUCGGACUUGCUUGCACUUGGUUAA